AUGACAGACAACGAACAUCCAAAUAAAGACGAUCUGAUAUAUUACAUAAACAGAUACAAUGUCAAUGAUAUAUUGGGAAAUUUAGAAGAAAAUGAUAAGUUAACAAAUUAUGAUGAAAAUAGCGGAAUAUGUGAAUAUGAAAUUCCAUUCCUUUUGGAAAAUGUCGAUAAUAAUAAUAAUAAUACAAAAGACCAUUCCGAUAGAAAUUCUGUAUCUAGCUAUUUCGAUGAUGGAACAUGUUCGAUAAUUUCUAAAAAUGAUGAAAAACAUUAUAUAGACAAAUGUGAAAAAGACAAAAUGCCAAAGGAAAAAAUAAAUAUUAUAUUUAUUCAGAAUAAAGGUGAGAUGAAUAGCUUUGAAGAUAUUCUAUCCAUGAACAAUGCAAGCAGUGAAGAGUUAGAAAACAAACUGAACGAUAGAUUUUAUCAAUUAUGUUGUAAAAGUAUUGCUGAUGUGAACACACACAAUUUAAAUAAAACUAAAAAUAUUGUAAAAGAUAAAAAAGGGUCAUUGAAUAUUGAGCAUUUAGAUUAUGGUGAUAUAUUUUUAACCAUACACCAUCGUCUAAGAGGGCGUGGGGGGAGAACGAAUAAGAUGUUAAAUAAUGAUGAUAAUAAUAAUGAUAGUGAUAAUGAUGAUGAUAAUAAUUUAUAUAGCAGUAUGACUGAUAGUGUUAUUAGCAAUUGGAGGGAAAUAAAAAAUCAAGAAAAUUUUAUAAAAUAUGAAAACUAUAGAGAACAUGAAAAGGAAUUUAUAAGGAGAAAAAUGAAAAAGGCAUAUGUCAAUAAUUUAAAUGGAAAUAAAUAUUUUAUGCCCAAUAGAAAAGUAUGUGAUUAUUAUCGUAAUAAUUUAGACAGUUAUAUGAUUAAUGAAAAUGAAAGAGAUAUAUGCAAACAAGAAAAUAUGUCUCUACAUUUUUUACCAAAAAAGAGAAAAUCAAUGAAUAAUAGUUCUUUAUACAAUUCUCAAAUAAUUGGACAAAAUGAAUAUAUUUUAAAAAAUAGAACAUUUUUAAAAAAAUUUUAUAUACAAAAAAAUUUAAAGCAACAAGCACAUAUGCAUAAUAAUAAUUAUUAUUGUGAUGAUAAUCAUAGUGAAAAUUUAUAUAAUGAUGAUAUAUAUAAUUAUGAUAAAAUUUUUAAUAAUAGUCAAGAAAGCGUACCCAACAAUGAUUUUAUUUAUUCAAGUGAAAUUCAAAAUAACAAAAAUUCAAUACCACAUAAUAUAUAUAUCGAUAAAAAUGUAAGAACCCCACGAAACAGUACAUGGGAUAAUGAAAAUGAAAUUCACGAAGAGGAUAUGAUUUAUUAUCAUUCUCAAAGUAAGGGAAAAAAUCCACAUUAUGUAGAAGCGGAAAGUGAAAUACAACCAAAUAAUUAUUGUGAAGGUAAAAAUGUAAGCGGUUUGGGUGAAGAUAGAAAUGUAAGCGGUUUGGGUGAAGAUAGAAAUGUAAGCGGUUUUGGUGAAGAUAGAAAUGUAAGCGGUUUGGGUGAAGAUAGAAAUGUAAGCGGUUUUGGUGAAGGUAAAAAUGUAAGCGGUUUUGGUGAAGAGGAGGAUAAUAAUGAUAACAAAGAAAAUGGUCACGACAUUUAUGAUGGUGAUGAAAAAGAUAAUAACGAAGCAUUUGAUAUCAAAGGCGAAGAAAAUGAUGAUUAUAAAACAUGUAGCAAUGAAUUAGAAGUAGAGGCAAAGGUAGAUGCUGAAAUAGACAAUCAUAUUCUAUUUAAUAAUAAUGAAAAUUUGGAUAAUAUAAAUAAUUGUGAACAUGUUUCAAAUUCAAAUCAUACAAAAGAGGAGGAAGAAGAUAAUGAGGAAAAAGCUCCCUCAAUAACCAGUAAAGAUGAUAAAGAUUAUUUUGAUUUAUUAAUAAAAAAAUAUGAACAAACUAGAAUGUCAAUUAAUGAAUCUAGUACAGCCUCACUUAGUGAAAGCAAUUAUUUAUCAAAAGAAGGAACAAAAGAACCUUCUUUAAAUGGUCAUGAAAUGUUAAAAAUUGGAUCUAGCACAAAGAAUGAUGUAAAUAAUAAAAUUGAAUGUUUGAAUGAAAACUUAAUAGAUUUAAAAAAUAACAUAGAAAAUGAAAAUAAUAAUAAUAAUAAUAGUAAUGUAAUAAAAUUAGGGAGUGUACAUAAUAAUGACAAAACAGAGGAAGAAAGAGGGAAUAUCGGAAACGAAAAUGAAAAAAUAGACUUAAAAGAUAGUGAUGGAUAUGAUAAACUAUUAAAAAAUGACAUGUAUGAUUUAUAUAAUAUUAAGAUGCAUGAUUUAAAUAACUUAAAAUCAUAUGAUUUUGAAUUUUCAAAAAAAUUAUUAAAAAACGAGAUUUUUUCUUGUGGUGAUAAUAUAAAAAAUGAUGAAAUAAAUUUAAAUGAUAAUGAAAUAAAUGAAAAGAUUGAUUCACUAAUGAACAAUUAUAAUAUGAUGAAAAACAAACGUGAUAAAUUUAAUGAAGAAGAUAAUGAGAUUCAAAACUUUUUAGCAGAAUUAAAAGCUGAUAUAACUAAUCAACUUAAUCUAAAUAAUGGAGAAGAUGAACAAUCUUUUGAUUUGCUUAAUUCGUUUGAUAUAAAUAAUAAUAUUGACGAUUUUGUUGACAACUUUGAUGAUACAAAUGAUAACAUAGCUCAAAAUAAAUUAGACAUGGAGAAUAAUAAAGGGUUCGAACAUAAAAAUGAUAUAAAUAAUGACUAUAACAAUUAUGAUACAUAUAUGGAUGAUAUAUAUAAUAAUAAUAAUAAUGAUGAUGAUACUUCAAGAAAGGGUUCAGGUCUGAAAUUGUCUGAUUUAAAUGAUGAAAAGAAUUUAUUUACAGAUGCCAACUCCUCUUAUAAUACUCCUAUAAAAUCUUCUGAACUAAAAAGAGAUUCAGAAUGUCAAACAAAUUCACCACUUAUAUUUUCUAGAAGUAAUAGAACUCCUAGAAAAAAAAGUGUAGAAGUAAUAUUAGUAAAAAAAAAAUUAAAAAAAAGAAAAGAAAAAGAAUCAAAUAUAUCAUUUGAAAAUACAACACAUGAUGAUUAUACUGUUGGUACAACUACUGCUACUAGUAGUGUCAAUUCUAAAAGAAGAUAUCCUAAAAGAAAUAGAAUAAAAACGUUACGAUACUGGAUAGGUGAAAGGGAACUUACCAGAAGAAAUCCCGAAACAGGAGAAAUAGAUGUAGUAGGUUUUAGUGAAUGCAAAAAUUUAGAAGAAUUAUCUCCUCAUAUUAUUGGUCCAGUUUAUUAUAAAAAAAUGUAUCUACGAGAUGUGAAUAAUUCAAAUGAAAAAGGAAAUGAAGAUACUAACAAUAACAUAGAUAAAAGUGAUAAUACUGAUGAAGAAAAUGAAAUAACGAUAGAAAUAAAUAAUGGAAUGUAUGAAAAUGAAGUGUAUAAUAAAAUUCAAAAUAGAGAAAAUUCUGUGAAUAAAAAUGAUAAUAUUAGUAACAUAUUGAAAAAAAGUGUAAAUGGUAGAAUUCAUAAUAGAAGUGAUAAUGAUGCAAUAACUAGAAAGGGGAAAAGGAAAAGAAAAAAGUUUAUUAACGUUGUUAAUUAUAUUAAAAAAAAAACAAAAAAAAAAUUAGUUAAAGUUAUAGAUAAAAAAGUAGAGCAAGAAAAUGAAAAUUUAGAUAAUCAAAACACUUUUUCAAAUAAUGAUAACAUAAUUAAUGACAUAACAAAUUUAAAUCACAGUUUUCAAAACAAUUUGGAUCAAAAUAUUCUUGCAAUUGAUAACGAUUUUAUUGAAAAUGAUGACAAUAUUUUUUUUGAUGCACACAGUCUUGAUGAUAAUGCUCAAAUAAAUGAUAUUCCGGAAAAAGGAGAAGAAAUUAUUGAAGCACCAGGAGCAGAUGCAACUGACAUGACUAAAGUUAAUGAAAAGGAACAGGAACCCAAUUUAGAAAAUGAACCCAAUUUAGGAAAUGAACCCAAUUUAGGAAAUGAACCCAAUUUAGGAAAUGAACCCAAUUUAGGAAAUGAACCCAAUUUAGAAAAUGAACCCAAUUUAGAAAAGGAAGCCAAUUUAGAAAAUGAGCCCAAUUUAGAAAAGGAGCCCAAUUUAGAAAAGGAGCCCAAUUUAGAAAAUGAACCCAAUUUAGAAAAGAAAAAAGAUGUACAUGUGAAAAAAAAAUUAUUAGAUAAAAAGAAAAAGAAGAAAAAAAAUAAGAACAAGGGAAAAAAUAAAGAAAAGGAAAUAGACGAAAUGUACAAACAAUUAUCAUUUUUUAAUUUUAAUUCGUUUUAUUCUAAAGGAAAUGGAGACAAAUCAAAAAUGGGGAAUUUGAAAAAAGCAAGUGCCAAAAAAAAGGGGAGUAAAAUUGGUAAAGAAAAAGUAGACAGCGAAAAAGUAGACAGCGAAAAAGUAGACAGCGAAAAUGGUAAACAGGAUAAAAAUUUGGGAGAGGAAAGCAAAGAAUUAAUUACAAAAGAAAAGAAAACUAAGAAUAUGAAAAAAAAUAAAAAGAGAAAUAUGCAAAAUAAAGAAAUGAAAAAUUAUGAUGAAGAUAUAAAUAAUGAAAUCAGAGAAUUGCACAAAAAUCAAAAUGAUAUAAUAGAGGAUGAAGAAAUCGGAGGCAUCGAGUUAGAAGCAUCAAUAAAAACUGGAGAAGAAAAAACAGAAGAAAAAGCAGAAAAAAAAACAGAAAAAAAAACAGAAAAAAAAACAGAAAAAAAUGAAGAAUUAUCCAUUUUAAAUUCAUAUACUAAUGAGAAUGAUGAGCAUACAAUGAAUACAAAUGAUACAACAAAUUCGAAAGAUGCAAAUUCUGAACUCCACAAAAAUGAAGACGAAGAAGUGAAAGAGUUACAGACUUCUACACGUCGAAAAAAGAAAAAAAAAAGUGAAAAUUUAACUUAUGAUACAAAUGAAUUGAAUCAAAAGCGAAGAAAAACAGAUGUAAAUAAUUUAAGAGAAUUAAUUUCUAUUAAUGAAAAUGAUGAGAUAAAAAAUGUAGAUGCUGAUAAAAAAAUAAAUGACGAAGAAGGUAAAUAUAUAAAGGAAAUUGACAAAGAUAUAAUUAUGGAAUCAAAUGAAAAUAUUCGUGAUGAAUUAAAGAAGGAUCUUGAAAAUGAUCAUGAAAAAAAUAGUACAUUAUGUUUGGUAAGUCAGGAUAAAAAAAAUAAUAUGAAUAGUCAGAAUUUUAUUAUAGACAAAUUAAAAUCAUAUCUUAAUAUAAAAGAGUUAAUAAAUGUCAAAAAACAAAAAACAAAUAAUGUAAUAUUAAAUAAUUUUGAAAAUAAACAAAUAAUAAAUAGUACUCCUAUACGUCUCUCUCUUUCCUACCCUUCUAAUGUAGAAUUAUCAGUUGAAAAUAGAUGCAACCAAACAAGAAAUGCAUAUUUUCCACUUAUAAAACAGAACUCUUUAAAUAACUUCAAGUUCGACAUAAAUUUAUUUUGUGUUCAAAUUUCUCCAUACAAAGCACAUAGCUCGAAUAGUUAUGAUAAAAUUUUGAUUGGGUACAUAUAUCAGGGGAAAAAGGUAAAGAUUUAUUUUAAGAACCAAGAAAAAUAUUUCGAAAAGGAUGAGUUUUUUUACAUACCCAAAUUUUCCCCUUUCAAAAUUGUCAACAUAAGCAGGGACAAUUGUAUUUUAUAUGUUUAUCCAAUAAAUAAAUAA